AUGGUUUCACCCUUUCUCACUCCUAGGACGUCUAGGAAGCACGCAACUGAUACGAUAGGACCCUCUCCGAGGCAAACGAGCAUUCUUCCUACACCACUGACAGUUGGUAGUGGUAGAAAAGGACGAGUUCUAUUCCCAGAUCAAAAGUCACUGAAAUCUCGAAACCUUACGGCCACUCUUCAGAAGCUCAGCGAGGAUAACCAGAAAAAGCAACCAACCACACCACCCCGGCCAACAACCCCGCAGGACCAGAUUCUCACCGAGCCUUCUACUCCUUACAGUGCUGGAUUAGGCAUCUGGGGUACUGAUAAUGACACGAUACGCGUGGUGAACGUGGACGAUCUCAAACACAUUCCUCGCAAGAAGCUUCCGAAUCCUUUUCUCGAGUCUCAUGCGCCCAAGCCAAAGAGGCAGCCCACUCAAGUCGACCUAGCGACUCAGAUGGAACUUGUGAAUCACCGUACAGGGGAGCGCAAGGUGGAACAAUUACUGGAAGAGCAGCGCAGGUUCAAGCCUCGCAAGCUCGAUUUCACACUGGCUAUGAAUCCAGUGAAGGUGAACUAUAACAUAGCCAACAAGUUUGUUGGUAAGAACAUGGGCAAGGCAUUUACGAUGGAAGAUUCAAGCAAGCAGGGCUUCAGUAUCUUCAGUGAUGGGGAUGUGUCGAAUUAG